GCGCCGCGCGUGCCGCUUCACAACCGGCGGGACUAGCGAAGGAGGAGGAGGAUGUGUGCUUGUGUUUACCCUCCAGAGCGCCAGGGAGGCGAGGCCCAGGGCCCGGCCUCACCAGAGGAAGAGCCGCUGAAGGUGAAGCGGCCGAUGAACGCGUUCCUGGUGUGGUCGUGCGGGGAGCGUCGCCGCGUGUCCGAGGCCUUCCCGCGGAUGCACCACUCGGAGAUCUCGAAGCGCCUGGGCGCCGCCUGGCACCUCCUGCCCGAGGCCCAGAAGAGGCCCUUCCGCGAAGAGGCCCAGCGCCUCCGCCACACUCACCUCGCCCUCCACCCGCACCACAAGUUCCGGCCACGCAGGAAGAGGAAGGGGCGACCCCGCACGGGCCAGGCCCAGGUCCAGGCCCCCACCCCGCCAGGGGAAGAAGGACACGCCCACGCCCAGCAGGACACGCCCAGCAGCCACCCGGCCUACAGCAGCGUGCCGUCCGCUCCAGCGUUUGCUCCGAACAUGAAAGAGCCCAGCACCCAGCUUGAGGCCCCCUCUUCCUACCCGCUGAGCAACUUCCACGAGAUGAUGGUGGCCUAUGGGCUGCAGGGCUAUGAAUUUGGGGAGGGGUCUGCCCCCUACGGCCUGUCCCCGGCCCCCUACCAGCCCUUGAGCUUGGGCGGCCCCCUUUCCUUGACCCAGCUUUGA